CUUUUUACUUUCUCUUUCACAUUUUUCAAUAGAUGUCGCAAGUAAUGGCUGUCAAAUUUACGGUUUUCUGACGUUUACGAAAAAAAAUAAUCUCAUCAAAAGCAAGAUAAAAUCAUGCUGCGUUUAACACUAAGCAAGGCCUUAAGGGCCCCAAAACAACUAGCAGUAUUAGCCCAAGGUUACGCUGAUGUUGCAAAACCCCCGGAGAAAAUUGAAGUAUUCAUCGAUGAUAAAUCUGUGAUGGUUGAGCCGGGAACCACAGUAUUACAAGCCGCGGCGUUAGUUGGGGUUGAAAUUCCAAGAUUUUGUUAUCACGAACGAUUAGCCGUGGCGGGGAAUUGCCGGAUGUGCUUGGUGGAAGUAGAAAAAUCGCCUAAACCUGUAGCCGCUUGCGCUAUGCCUGUUAUGAAAGGAUGGAAAGUUAAAACAAACUCAGAUAUGACCAGAAAAGCUCGAGAAGGCGUAAUGGAAUUUUUAUUAGUAAACCAUCCUUUAGAUUGCCCCAUUUGCGAUCAAGGAGGCGAAUGCGAUCUUCAAGACCAAUCGAUGGCUUUCGGCUCCGAUCGUUCUCGAUUCACAGAUAACGAUUUCUCCGGAAAACGCGCCGUCGAAGACAAAGAUAUUGGUCCAUUAAUAAAAACAAUCAUGACUCGGUGCAUUCAUUGCACCCGAUGCAUUCGAUUCGCCUCCGAAGUUGCUGGAAUAGACGAUUUAGGAACAACGGGGCGUGGGUCUGAUAUGCAAGUGGGGACUUAUGUAGAGAAAUUUUUCUUGUCUGAGUUAUCGGGGAAUGUAAUUGAUUUAUGCCCGGUUGGGGCUUUAACAAGUAAGCCUUAUAGUUUUACCGCAAGACCUUGGGAAAUUCGUAAAGUCGAUUCAAUUGAUGUUUUGGACGCUUUGGGGUCAAAUAUCGUUGUUUCUACGCGGACGGGAGAAGUUAUGCGUAUUAUGCCGAGAGUUAAUGAAGAAAUUAAUGAGGAAUGGAUUUCAGAUAAAUCGCGGUUUUCUUACGAUGGUUUAAAGAGACAACGUUUAGUUACACCGAUGCUAAAAGAUUGUUCUGGGGAAUUAAAACCGGUUGAUUGGGAGGCAGCUUUAAUUACGGUUGCUAAACAAAUCAAAUUUGCAGGAUCAAACAUUGGAGCAAUCGCCGGUGGUUUCGCUGAUGCAGAAGCGCUCGUAGCAUUAAAAGACCUUUUAAAUCGUUUAGGUUCUGAAGCUUUAUGCACUGAACACACUUUUCCGAUGGACGGUUCUGGAACGGAUAUUCGUUCAAAUUACCUUUUAAACACAAAAAUCGCACCUGUAGAAGAAGCUGAUGUUAUUUUAUUAGUUGGAACUAACCCGCGAUUAGAAGCUCCGAUUUUAAACACUCGUAUUCGUAAAGGUUAUAUUCAUAAUGAAUCGGAGAUUGGAUUAAUUGGUCCAAAAGUCGAUUUGCGUUAUGAUUACGAUUAUUUAGGCGCUGAACCUAAAGUAUUAGAUGAAUUAACAAGUGGUAAACACCCGUUUGCGAGGAAAUUACAAAACGCUAAGAAACCUGUAAUAAUUGUUGGCUCAGAAACUUUAAAGCGUAAAGAUGGAGUGGCUAUUUUAGCGGCUCUUCAAGCUUUGGGUGCUCAAAGUAAAGCAGAUAAAAAUUGGAAGGUUGUUAACGUUUUGCAUAAAGUUGCAAGUCAAGUUGCCGCUUUAGAUGUAGGUUACGCCGCGGGAGUUUCGAAGAUUCGUUCUAAUCCCAACCUAAAAGUUCUAUUUUUAUUGGGGGCCGAUGAUAAAUCUAUUGACCGUUCCGAUCUCCCUAAAGAUUGCUUUGUGAUUUACCAAGGACAUCACGGCGAUUAUGGCGCAACAAUUGCUGAUGCUGUUUUACCCGGAGCUGCAUACACCGAAAAACAAGCCACUUACGUCAACACGGAAGGAAGGGCGCAACAAACUUUACUUGCCGUGUCCCCUCCAGGCCAAGCUAGAGAAGAUUGGAAAAUAAUUAGGGCGUUAUCCGAAUUUGUUGGGGUUAAAUUACCUUAUGACAGUUUGGAGGAGAUUCGUUAUAGGUUAGAAGAGGUUUCACCACAUUUAGUGAGAUAUGGAACAGCUGAGGAUGCAAAUUUCUUCAAGCAGGCUCUCGAAAUGAACAAGAAAAUACAAAAUAAAAUCGAUAAUUCUCCUUUGGAUGUUGAACAAAAGAAAUUAGAAGAUUUUUACAUGACAGAUUCCAUUAGUCGAGCAUCCUCUACAAUGGCAAAAUGCGUACAAGCCGUUAAAAAACAGAAAGAAUCAAAGUUUUAAUGUUUAUAUUUAACUAAGAAGGGGCUAUUAAUAAGAGUAAAAGAUUAUCAAGGAAUUAAAUAAGUAAAGAGGUUAAGCAUUAAUGAAAUGAUAGUCGAUGAUAAAUUUUUAAAUUAAGAUAAAAUGGAUAGUUGUUUUAAUUUUUGCUCUUAUUUUGUAUUAAAAAUA